UCCCAGUUCUUUGCUACCACAAAGGCAGCUCCUAUAAACAUUUAGACCAUAUAGAUUCUUUUCCUUUUUCCCUACUCACCUUGGGAAACAAAUUUAGUAGUGUUAUUGCUGGGUCAAAGGGUAUGUAAGAACCCAUCUUUCCCUUUUAGUUGAAGUACUCUUCUUCUGAACUUCCCAGUGACUGUCAUGGAAACUACCAUCCUUCCAGUCACCCAGGUUCACAUUCUCAAUAUUAUUUUUGAUUCCUUUCUCUCAUUUGAUCCACAUAUCCAAUUAUUUGCCAAACUUUGUCAUUUCUAUCUUCACAAUUUCUCCAGCAGGUCCUCUUAUCUCUACUCAUACAGCCAGUUCCCGGAUUUAGUCCCUUAAAACUUUUUCUUUUGGACUAUUGCAAUUAGUUCCUGAUUGGUUUCCCCGCUUCAGGUCUCUUUCCAAUCCAAUCUUAUAGCUGCCAAAAUGGUUUCCCUAAAGCACUGUUUUGAUCAUGUCAUGCCCUGCCUCAGUAAACUUGGGGGGGUAGGAGGGAGGGUCCUUCUAUUAUUCUAUAUUAACUAUUUUAUUCAUUUUUCAUCUCUGGGGAGGUGGUCCAGUCUGAAAUCCAACCCUGAAACCCAUCCUCUGUAGAGGUCUCAAGCAGUCUCACCUUGCCAUGCCCUGUCAGAAAUCCUAGUCCUGUCCUUGAGCUUAAAUUUUCCCUAUAAAGUCUGCUUAUAGGCCAUCCCAUUGCCACUGCCUUACUUUGGGUCAGUCUGCUAUAGCACUCUGACUCAGAGGGCCUUUUUCCUUAUCCCUCCCCAAUGCCACGUGGUAUCUCUCCUAACUCCACUAUGCUUCUCAACCCCACUUCUCCUCCUUAUGGCUAACUCUUUUUAGGGCAGGAUUUAGCCUGCCAACUAAAGGCAUGGCCCAACCUCGUGGGGUGCUCCCUUUCCACUGGGUAAGUUUGAGCUCCACUGAGGAAUUUGUCUUUCAUACACUCUCCUACUCUAUUUUAUAUUUACCAUUCCUGAUAGCUAAUGUUUCCCUUCAUUUUGCCUGUAACCUCUUCCCUAUAUAAAUCUACCUUUUGCCAAAGAGAAUGGUCAUUGUGCAUUCCUCACACAACCAAGCCCCAACUUUUGGUACUUACUAGAUCUGGUGUCUACACCACCCCACAUCAUUUUAUUAUCCCAUUAUGAUGAUCAAUGGUGAUGGACUUGGCUCUUUUCAAUAGUGAUGUGAAUCAAGGUAGUUCAGAUAGACUUGUGAUGGAAAGAGCCAUCCAGACACAGAAAAAGAACUAGGGAGACUGAAUGUGGAUCAAAGCUGAAUAUUUUCACUUUUUUGUUGCUGUUUGUUUGCUUGGUUUUUUUUUUUUUCCUUUCUCCUUUUUUCCCUUUUGAUCUGAUUUUUUUUUUUUUUUUUUGGUUAGCAUGGCAAAUAUGGAAAUAGAUUCAGAAGAAUUGCACAUGUUUAACCUAUACCAGAUUGCUUGCUAUCUUGGGAAGGAGGGAAGAGAGGGAGAAAAAUUUCAAACACAAAAGUUUUGCCAAGAUGAAUGUUGGAAAUUAUCUUUGCAUAUAUUUGGAAAAAUAAAAUACUAUUAAAAAAUGUUAAAACUCCUUGAAGGCAAGAGCUGGUUUUGCUUUUCCUCCUUAUCCCCUAACACUUAGAACAGGGCCUGGCAUUUACUGAUUGUUUACUGAUGUUCAGGGAUGGGAGUGGAAGAGGGAGGUAGAGACCGUAAGUCAAAUACAGAGGUCCAACUUUUCCUAGACAAAGAAUCCAGUAGCUUGUGGAGACGGCGCGGAUGUAUGGCUGAAGAGGGACUUUUAGGAAACUAGGGAAUUACAACCUGGGGCAAAGCCACCAUAUAGUGGCGAGUCCCUGAGGGAAUCCGGCCUCCCCCCUGCCUGAAACAGGCACUGGGUGCUUGGACAGGACUGCUGGGAAAUGAAUUCAGACUAAAGGGACAGGACACCUUCUCUCAAAAAGUCCCGGAAGGUUCUAGGAUCUCUAUUCUCUCAGGCCUAUAAAUACAAAAACCGUUCCGAGAUACUGAACUACAUUUCCCAGAAGGACUUGGCUGCGGGAGACGGAAGCAGAGAGACUGUUUGCCCAGAUACAGGAGCGGUUGCCAUGGCAAUACCUGCGGACCUGAGGGACCUGCAAGGAUGGAGGGAGGAAAGCGAUCUCUCACGUGAUUUCCGCUUCCUCCUACCGUUCCUCGUGCUGUUUUUCGGUUCUCCGGGUCCCUUCAGAGCUUGGGGAGACACAGAGGAGAAUGGGGACGAAGCCACCGCUGAGCUGGGAGGAAUCACUGACAUUCAAGGAUGUGGCUGUGGACUUUACCCAAGAGGAAUGGGAUCACCUGAAUCCUUCCCAAAAGGAAUUGUACAGAGAUGUGAUGCAGGAAAACUAUAAGAAUCUGGUGUGCUUAGGACUUGCAGUUUCCAAGCCAGAGGUGAUUUACCAUCUAGAGCAAGGGGGAGUACCAUGGAGGGCUGAGGAAGAAGUCCUAAGAUGGAGUUGCCCAGUUUUGGACAACAAGCCUGAAGGCAGUGGAUCACCUCUAAACCUGAUCAUUUCACUGGAACGUUCAGCCCAAGAAAAGCACACGAGGCCUGGUCUCUCCACCUCCAAGACAACUCGGACGGGAACGAAAUCUCAUAAAUGUAACGAAUGUGGGAAGGCCUUCUGUAACAAGUCAGCACUCUCUCGACAUCACCUUAGUCAUACUGGAGAAAAACCUUACGAAUGCUCUGAAUGUGGAAAAGCCUUCUCCCGGAAAGCAGGACUUGCUCAACAUCAUCGUCUUCAUACUGGAGAAAAACCUUACCAUUGUCUUGUAUGUGGGAAGACCUUCUCGUGGAAUGGCGAACUUACUCAGCAUCAGCGUAUUCAUACUGGAGAGAAACCUUAUGAAUGUAAGGAAUGUGGGAAGAAUUUCCGACAAAGCACACAGCUUACACAACAUCGGCGUGUCCAUACUGGAGAGAAACCCUAUCGAUGUAAUGAAUGUGGGAAAGCCUUCCGUCUGAGCACACAGCUUACUAGACAUCAUACAGUUCAUACUGGAGAAAAACCUUAUGAAUGCAGUGAAUGUGGAAAGACCUUCCGCCAGGGCACACAGCUGACUCAGCAUCUUCGAAUUCAUACUGGAGAAAAACCUUAUGAAUGUAAUGAAUGUGGAAAGGCCUUCCACCUAAGCACAUUGCUUAUUCAACAUCAGAAAAUUCAUACUGGAGAGAAACCUUUCAAGUGCAGUGACUGUGGAAAGGCCUUCCUCCAGAGUAUGCAGCUUUCUAGACACCAGAAAAGUCAUACUAAAGAGAGAUCUUAUGAAUGUAAAGAAUGUAGAAAGGCCUUUUCUCAGAAGGCAGAACUAACUCUACAUAAACGUGUUACUCAUACAGGAAAGAAAUCUUAUGAAUGUAAGGAAUGUGGGAAGGCCUUUCACCUGAGGACAUUGCUUAUUCAACAUCUCUAUGUUCAUAGUGGUGAGAAACCUUAUGAAUGUAAUAAAUGUCGAAAAUCCUUCCACCGAAAGACACUACUUAUUCAACACCAACGUAUUCAUAUUGGAGAGAAAUUUUAUGAAUGUCUCGAAUGUGGAAAGUCAUUCACCUGGAGUGGAGAACUUACUCAGCAUCAGCGUAUUCACACUGGAGAGAAACCUUAUAAAUGUAAUCAAUGUGGGAAGACCUUCCGACAGAGCACUCAGCUUACUCAACAUCAGCGUAUUCAUACUGGAGAGAAACCUUAUGAAUGUAAUGAAUGCGGGAAGUCUUUUUACCUGAGCACACAGCUUACUCGACAUCAUACAGUUCAUACUGGAGAAAAACCUUAUGAAUGUAAUGAAUGUGGAAAGACCUUCCGCCAGUGCACACAACUUACCCAACAUCAACGUAUUCAUACUGGAGAGAAACCUUAUGAAUGUAAGAUAUGUAGAAAGGCCUUCCGCCUAAGUACAAUGCUUACUCAACAUCAGAGAAUUCAUACUGGAGAGAAACCUUAUGAAUGCAUUACAUGUGGGAAAACCUUCCGACAGAGCACACAACUUGCUAGACAUCAAAAAAUUCACACCGGAGAGAGAUCAUAUGAAUGUGGUGAAUGUGAGAAAGCCUUCUCUCAGAAAGCAGAACUUGCCAUACAUAAACGCAUUCAUACUGGAGAGAAACCUUAUGAAUGUAAUAACUGUGGAAAGACCUUCCGUCUCAGCACGCUGCUGACUCGACACCAGCGUAUUCACACUGGAGAGAAACCUUACAAAUGCAAUGAAUGUGGGAAGGCCUUCCGGCUGAGUACACAGCUUAUUAGACAUAAGAGAAUUCAUACUGGAGAGAAACCCUACAAAUGUAAUGAAUGUGGAAAGGCUUUCCGUCUGAGGGUGCUGCUUAUUCAACAUCAGAAUAUUCAUACUGGCAAGAAACCUUAUAAAUGUAAUGAAUGUGGGAAGGCUUUCCGACAGAGAACACUGCUUACUCGACAUCAGAGAAUUCAUACGGGGGAGAAACCUUAUAAAUGCAAUGUAUGUGGGAAGACCUUCAGCCAGAGUGCUCAUCUUACCCAACAUCAAACAAUUCAUACUGGGAAAAAACCUUAUAAAUGUAGUGAAUGUGGAAAGACCUUCCGCCUGAGUGCAUUGCUUAUUCAACAUCAGCAUGUCCAUACUGGUGAGAAACCUUAUAAAUGCAACAAAUGUGGAAAGGAAUUUCACAAGACCAUACAACUUAGGAGACAUCAGUGCUCAAGAGGAAAUUUAUGAAUGCAGUGAAUGUAAGAAACCCUUUACCAUUUGAUCAUCUCCCACCCCGUAAUUCAUACUAAAGAUAAACCCUGUGAAUAUAGCAAAUAGAAAAACUUCUAUGUGAACUUUUGUCUUCUUCAACAUAAUAGAAUCAUACUGAAGGCAAAUCAUAUCUUCUGUUAGGACACACACCUCUAUAGCGUCUCUAACCUCUUCAAGGAGUAGGCUUCUUAAGCAAGUGAGACACUUAUGUCUCUGCUAUCUAGGAAUCCAUAAUCUGGCCCCACCUAUCAGGCAGACAGAGAGAUCAUUGUUUUAUUGGAGGAGAAAUGCUACUCAUGUUGGGUUAUAUUGGUGUGAUCUUGAAUAUCCUAAGAACUCUUGAGUGUCAGCAAGAAGAUAGACACUAUGGAUCUGAUAUGUAUGUAUGUAUAUAACUGCCAAAUAAUAGUGGAGUAGCAAUAUUGAUUGGGAUCAGCUCUGUCUUAUUCAAUAUAUUGACAGUGUUAAAGGCUCCAAACUAGUCAAUACCUGAAUACCCUGAUGAAGCAUACCUCUUAAUUAAAAUUUUUCAGAAAGAUAAGAAGCCAAAUGUGACAGAAAGCUUCAAAAAAACCAUAGAAACAUCCACCUCAAAAGCAGAUAUAAGGAAUUAAAAAUUUUAGUGACUUUUUAAUGCCUGUGUAAUAGAAAGAUCCUCUGAGAAAGAAAUUCAGCAUGAACUGAAUGUUCUCAGUGCAAAAGUGAAAUGAAGGAGGACAUAAUCAAAGAACUGGGAACCUGACCCCCUCAAUGUCUUCUGAUGUUUUCAAAAAUGAUCCUGAAAAAUUGCUUUUUAUGAGAUGGAAGAUGUGAAGAACAGAACUGUUAUGUCAAUAAUCUCAUGGAAUCCUACCUGAAUGUGCACGAAUUAUUGGACUUUGAAGGAAGAAACUUAAGGAGAAGUAAGGUAGAUCAGUAUGCAAUGCCAUGAGUUCAAGAUACUUCAAAUGUGGCAAUUAAUAUCAGAAAUUUAUGAAGAAUUAUGCCAUCAUCGUUAAACUUCUCAAUAAUCUUGUUAGGUAUAUGGUUAAAAUGAAUAGAAAGCAGGAGGACAAUAAGGCCUAGUGUGGCAAAUUUAGAUACUGUUGGGAUGAGAAAUAUGAACAAGCUUUCAAACAAAAGUCAUGCUUCAUGUAACAUCAUAUAUGCACUUUUGUUGGCUUUUGCAAACCUAAAGAAGUCCUUGGUUACAUAAUUGUGUCAAGUUAGAAGUCCUGGAAAUCAUUUUAUUCAAGAAGAGCAGUAGCAAACCAGAAUGGACUGUAUAUGCUAAUUGAGGACUUACUGAGUGUAAGACAUGCUCGUAUAUAAAUUGGAAUUCUUGCCUAUGAAAUGACUUUGAUAAGUAUUCAAACUGUGUGGCUCCAUUGCACAGAAAAUAAUCCAUCAUCUUAUAUUUUUGUAAAUGCUAUAUGAUAUAUGUCUACCAGGGUUUAAUAGAUAUAUGAAAACAGACUAGACUAAAUGUCAUUGACUACUUAAACAGUUUCAGCAAAUGGUAUUCCUUGAAUGAAUUUUAUGGACUUAAUUGAGCCAGGGGGGUCCUAGUGGGAGUUGAAAGCAAUACACUCACACCCCCACUUUAACAUCUGAGUUCAAAGAAGUGGAAAUCAAAAGGGAAUGGAAAGCAAAUUAAUUUAAGCCUUAGAUUUCUAUGGACUGGCUUAAGUAUCUAAAAGUUUGAUUCACAAAUGACAAAAUAAUUUCUGAAGCUGUAAUCCUGUAAUCCAGAAGAGCUGCGUUAUCAGCCCUUAGAAAGGAGGCCACUUUGGUCCUACUUUUCAUUAAAGAACCAGAAGUUGGCCACCAGAACAAUAAUACAGUUUCAUCAUUGGUACCAGAGGAAGGCCAAAUCACUGAGGGGAACAGACACAUUUUGUCAAAAGAGUUCCUUUUGUUUUGGGACUAUCACGCCUUGUUCAAGAAAGAGUAGAGCUUAAUUCCCUUUGAUUAUCUCCCCUAAUGUGGUGAAUAGAUUGCUGCUCUUAAAAUCUGGAAAACUUGGGUUCAAAUCCUGUCUGACUCAUUCAUUAACUAUGGGACUCAGAGCAAAUCACAUAACCUCACUUAAUCAUAUUACUAUGCUGCUUCUCCUUCAUACCUGUUCUUCAUCCUCAUAGAGACCUCCAUUCCCUCUACUUGUCAAUACUUUUUCCAGUCCAUUUCCCUUUUUCAGAUUCUACUUACUACCUGUUCCAUACGCAAACCAAUUGUUAAGUCAUUUCAGCUCUACAUUAUUCCCUGCCUUAUUAGCUUGUCCUAAAAAUGGUUCUUUUGUCAAACCCCAGCCUUGUAUUAUUCCCACUGUUCACCUACUUAGCAGCCACUGAAUGAAGUCUCAGAGCUAUGUUGACUUUAAAUCCAUGUUAUCAAAUUUCAACUAGACUCUCAUUACAGCAAGGCAGUCCUUUUAUUGUUCCCCAGUAUCUCACUCCUUAUAGAAGCUUUUCUGAUCUUUCUCUUUCCUUCUCAAAUCCCCUGUUUUUUCUGCUUCCUUUGUCAGCUGUGAAUCUUAGCUCUUUAAUUGGAAAAUGAAAGUCCUUCAUUUCAUUUUCUUCAUCUCAGCAACCCUUGACAUCAUUGGCCCCUCUCUUCUUUUCUCUGUUUCCUACAAAGAAGGGGCCCUGCUUGCCAGAGCCAAUCCCAUCAAUGUGUGUUUGAUUCCAUUCCCUUUUGAGGUGAUUAAGAUUGCAUUCUUAAUCUCCUCUUUCCCUUAGCUAUUGGUUCCUUCCUGAUUACCUUCAAGUGCUCAAGUCUGAGCUGUUCUUAAAAAAAUCUUUACUAAAUCCUAUCAGUCCCUUAAGCUAUUAGCCUAUAUCUUUUCCCUUUUUCAGCCAAAUUCCUUGAAAAAGUGUCUAUACUCAUUGACUCUAUUUCCUCUUCUCUUACUCUUUAAUCUUUUUGACCUCAUCCCUCAACUAAAAUUUCUUUCUGUAAUUCCAAUCUCUUGUCAAGUCUGAUAGAUUCACAAAACCCUAUUUAUUGCAUUUGGCUCUUCUAACAACUUUCUCUUUCUGGGUACUCUUGUUUUCUCUAGCUUUUAUUGUCACUUCUCUCUCAUGCUUGUCCUCCUUCAUUAUAUUUAAUGAUUCACCAUCCAUAUCACAACUCUUAACCUCUGAUAGUUUCCUAAAUUCUUUUAUGAAUAUGCCUUUCCUUCAUCCUCUGUGUUCUCACUAAGUAACGAGUUGUACCUAGGUAACUAGGUAUAUAUCUAGUCCCAGAUUCUCCCUUGAGUUUCUGUCCAACAUUACUAGUUGCCUUUUAGACAUUUCAAAUCAGAUACCCCCAGAGACAUUUUUAAACCCAACUUAUUUAAAACAUGUUGAACUUUUCUUUCUCCCUACAUCCUCCAUCUUGACAUUAUUCUGGAAUAGUCCACUCUCCCUCACCUCAUAAAUCCAAUGAAUUGCCAAGACUUGCUUUUCUAUCUUUACAAAACAUACUACAUCAGAGCCCUUUUCUCUAUUCACAGAGAUACCACCUUAGUUCAGGGUUGUCCCUCUUCAUUUCUUGCCUAUAAUAUUACAGUCCCUUAACUUAUCUUCUAGCUUCAAGACUUUCCUUAUCUCAGUCCGUAUUAUAUUGUUGCUAAAGAAUUUUCCUGAAGUGCAAAAUUGGACAUGUAACUCUCUUCAACCAAAUUUAAAAAAAAAAAAAAAAAACUCUUCUGUUUAGCUUUUAAAGCCCUUCACAUCCUGUCCUCAACCUCUAUUUCACACCUCCCUGAACAUUACUCUUCCUCUGAGUUGUGUGAUCUAGCCAGAUUGAUCUUCUCUUUUCUUCACUCACAGCACUCCAUCUCUAUUCUCCAUGCCUUUUAUCGGUCAUCCUCCAUAGAUGGAAUUCACUCUUUCCUCACCUCUGCUUCAGAAUCCCUAUCCUUCUAUAAGGUACAGCUCAAGUAUCAUCUGCUGUCCAGAGUCUUUUCUGACUCCCCCAGCUGUUAAUGUCUUCUCUUUCAAAUUAGUUGUAUUUAACUGCUUUCCAUGUGCAUAUUAUUUCUUAACUUUAUAUUUAUGCUGUAUAUAUUUGUGUGUUGUGUCUUGUUAUAAUGAAAAGUCAUCAGGACUAAGUAUUGUUUUAUUCUUUGUGCUUGUAUAUCUAGUACCUGGCAGAGUGCUUGUUACAUAGGAGUUGUUUAAUAAAUAGUUAUUGAUUGAUGGAAUAGACUGUUUCAUCUUUUGUAGAAUGGAGAUUACAAUAGCAUCUGCCUCACAGUUAUGAAGAAUAAAUGAGAUAACAUUCAAA